UUCCAACACAAUAAAAGAUCUCUCAAAGAAAUAUUCUCCAAAGCACUUGACUCUGUCUGCAACGUAGCAAUUAGUAACCAAUUUCUGGGCGUUUACUGUGACCGCAUCCUGCAUAAAUUACACGUUAUUUUAACUUUUAGAGAGUGUGGCAAUCUUUUAGAGAGUGCAGUAAAUUAAUACCCUCAUAUAAUACCCACUGACGACACGAAGUUGGCAUUGUCAUUUGACACUCGUUUGGUACGCACACUGCUGUAAAAUCCAAUUCAUUAUAAUUUGCAUGUUAUCAAAUUACCAAAUCGCCGUCAUUGUUUGGCUGUUACGUUUGAUCGCUUUCAAUAAAGGUGCGCUUAAAUUGCAGUGCAUAAUACAACUUGACGUUUAGAGAGACGAAGCCCACAUCUUCGAAGCUUUAGAAAGCGAGCAUUUUAAAAGGUCAAAAAGAAAGGUGAAGUUGGUAAGUAACCUGUUUAUAUUCUUAGCAUAAUAUUGAUACAAUACUCUAAAAGAACUUUCAACUUUGCAUGGGUAAUAAUUACGAUUUAUGAACACAUAGACAUGGCACGACUCUCAAACCAACUCUCCUUGAUGAGGCGCCAAAUGCGUUUUUAUUAUGUAGCUUGACUCAUGCGAACAAAUUUUGUAUUUGUAAGGCUCAAAACCUUCUCUAGUAAUAAGAUUGUUUUAGGAAAUUAAGUUCAAAGGCUUUGUUAAUCUGCCAAGCUGAUUUAGAGUACGACUUCCUUACUGUAUUACUCCGGCAGUUUCAGCUUGUAGUGCCACUACAAGUGUAGAAAAUUAGUGUAUCGGUUCACGAAAUUUCAGAGAGUGCUCAAUAUCAUAACGGUAUAGAGGAAAUAGAGUAUACUGUCUUCAUUUCCACCUUGGUUGGUUUCGCCCCAAAUGAGAUCACUUGGAUGAAACCCUCGGUAAGUGAAGAUUUUGAGUUGACAUCUAUAUAUACUAAAUAAAUCUGCGUGCAUACGAACUAAGCAUGUAGAGGACGUUAAGAACAGCCUUGAUAUUUGAAUAUUUUGUCAUGGUUUGCGGCUGAAUCGCCUGAAAAACACUUGGAUUGCGAAGACUCUCAGCUGGAGACUGGAGUUUAAUAACUUCCUGGCCAGGGGUCUUCCUUCAAAACGUCAAAAUGUUUUUAAUAUUCUUCAUGGAAUUCAUACACAAACUGCGGUAAGUUUGCCAUCUUUCUUGGGCUGAUGGCCAACUCGACAAAUUGUUGUUGUGCAGUUUUCUUCAAGGAAGGGAUGCGACAAGCGCCAACCAGGAAGUAGCGCGUGGAAUUUAUUUAAGAAAGAUAAUAUUUCUCCACUUGUCAUUUUAACGCAGAUGAUUUUAUAUUUUUUGAUUGAAGCAGGUUAUUAUUCUUUAAUAUAUGAUAUACACCAUUGUGACAAGUAUGAUAUAAUGAUUGAUACCACUAUUUGUUUCAUUUUUAAAAAACAAAUAUUAUACUAGGGUUGUAAACAUGCAAUAUUGGACCUUUGCCAAAAGUGGCACAUUAAUUGAAAUGACCCCAGUCGCUGCACUUAUGAGAAGAUCGUAGAAUGUUUUGUUUUUGCCUCGAAUCUCACUUUUCAAUUGAAAUUCUGAUGUUAAAUGAAGAAUGAUUUAAUAAUUGAAAUUCUGAUGUUAAAUGAAGAAUGAUUUAAUAUUGAUCACGACUCAUUUCAGAGGAAGUGCGCAAAGCGCUUUUUAAAAAGCUGCAUGCCCAAACAUGUAAAUUGAUAAGCAUGAUUUUAAGCGUGAUUGAUUUGCUUAGGGAAUGUAGAGAAAACAACAUAUUUUGCGAGACUUAAUGAAUUAGUUUUUAGACCUAAAUUCAACAAAGUUUGGGAAAGCCAGAAGAAAGCCACUGUUUCGUUACUUCCGAGUUUAUUCACAUAUUUGGUUUAUUGGCUUCACAUGAUGUUUUGUAAAAGAGAAAUAUCUUGUGUCAGCAUGCGGUCAUACAUCCGAAUUCUUUCAAAACUUCCUGUUUAGAACAUUCUUCCAUAUGAUUCUUCUCAUCACUUCAUGUGUUCCAGACAAAAGAGUCUAAUUAAAAUUCAUGGCUGUAAAGUAGUGAUGGGCGAUACCAGCUUUUUUGGUUUCGAUACGAUACCAGUCCGAUACCAUGAAUUUUAGUCGAUACAGAUACCAAAAUCGAUACCGAUACUCAAUUUUUUCCAUUUAUUAAAAUAACUUUUAAAACAAGAACAUUAAUUUUUUUUCGUGUUGGUGUUGUGUUAGCCUGAGUGUAGUGUUGUGUACUCAGGUGAAUAUGAUGUUUGUGAUGUUACUCUGAGUGUAUAUCCACACCGGGCGCGAGCUUGAAAAAUAUGCCUGGGCACGUUGGGAAUCGAACCUACGACCUUUGGAAUACUAGCCCAAUACUCUGCCAACUGAGCUACGCGGUCAGGUCGGUUCGAGUAAGUGAUAUUUCGGAACAGAAUCUAGUUCCUUCGAUAUAUAUAUCAAUGUAAUCUAGUUAUAUGACUUUUUUCUUUUUUUUUAUUCACCUGAGCACACAACACCUGAGUACACAACACCAACACAGAAAAAAAUCAUAUUACUAGAUUACAUUGAUAUCGAAGGAACUAGAUUCUGUUCCGAAAUAUCACUUUAAUACUCGAACCGACCUGACCGCGUAGCUCAGUUGGAAGAGCAUUGGGCUGGUAUUCCAAAGGUCGUAGGUUCGAUUCCCACCAUGGCCAGGCAUAUUUUUCAAGCUCGCCCGGUGUGGAUAUACACUCAGAGUAACAUCACAAACAAGAACAUUAAUGUUAACAAGUCAAAGAAUACUCUAACUGGAGUACCUGCCAAAUAAUCGAACAUAACAUUUGCAAUUAUGAUUUUAAGUCUAAUUUUCUCACGGCUUCUCUCCGAUGUCAAGAAGGGAUGACCCUCACUGGAGAGAACAGUUUAGAACAAUUGUUUAGAACUGAUAAGGCUACUUUAGCUUAUUAAAAAAGGCAAACCAUGACCAGCCGACCGAGUUUAAAAAAGUAAAGUAAAAAACAAAUUUCGAAAAGACAAGACAUCUUGAGAAUGCAAUAUAUGAUUCAAAAUAAGACGCCGGUUUAGACUGUAAAUUGUUGGCUAAUAAUUGGGCGGCAGGCUUUGAGGGGCAUUUUGCGAGUAAAAAAGGCAUCCGUAAAUUUUUUUUCCUGGAACUGUGUUGGCGACGGGGGGGGGGAGUCAUCACAAAAAAAUUUUCCGGACACACCAAAAAAAAUUUUCCGGAUAUAUCACUUUCAGUUUCCUAAAUAUGAAAAAAAAUUUUCGGAUAUACCAAAAAAUUUUCCAGAUAACAUAAAUUUAAGUUUUCAAAAGUGCCAAAAAAUGCAAUCUUAAUGAUAUUUUUCACGCAAGAAAAGGGCACUUUGCUCCCGGAAAAAGGACACUUGGCCAAACUUGGGGGGGGGGGCUGCCCCUCCCCUGGCCCCCCGGUUCCUACGCCCCUGGACAGAAUGAUUACAAGUGUCAGAUUGAGACAGAAUCAUACUGUCUAAAGAUGACUUUGAAUGAAAGUCGAAAAUUUACAGUCUCAACCUGCGUCUUGUUUUGAAUCAUAUAUUGAAUUCUCAAGAUGUCUUGUCUUUUCGAAAUUUGUUUUUACAUAGCUUAUUAGCUAGUGUAGCUAUAUUGUAAGGUUAACAGUUUCUCAAUCUUUAUUUUAUAUAGAAAACAAACGAUCAACCAUGGCAUACUUUCAAGGAUCAUUUGAAAAACGUUGCCUAACCUUAGGUGCUCCAACUGCGCUCUCUUUCUUUACCACAACUUUCUCUAUCCUCUUCAUGAUCCUAAAUAUCCCUGGUAACAUCUUAGUGAUCCUAGCUGUAGCUAAAGAUCCAUACAAGAACCUACGUACCCCUUUCAAUUACUUGAUGGCAAAUCUUGCACUCGCGGAUUUGAUCGUGGGGACAGUGACCGAUCCUUCAUCCAUAUACAUCCAUUGGAAAGAAGGGACCAAUGCUAAGCUGUUGAAAGCCGAGGUCCAGGUCUUACAUAUGUCUUAUUUCAUAUCCUGUACAGCAUCAGUUCUCAGCUUGGCAACUUUAGCCGUGGAGAGAUAUUUGGCGGUCAGGAAUCCACACACCUACAGGAACAAGUAAUGAUACUAUUACAAGUAGAAGGGUUUAGUAUUGAUAAAAAUUUUGUGUGUGAAUUUUAUACAUUUCUUAAACCUAACCAGGAGCAGUAAGGCCCCAGUUAGCCCCCCAAAAAUGUGUGGCUUUCCGGUUUCCCGACCCUACCUAGCCUACCUAGCUACGCUACGGUACGAUUGAAGUGGAAAACUGGCUUAACCCCAUGGGGCCUAAUUAAGUUGCAAAAAAUGCAACUACAUAGCCUUCUGGCAGGAAUUAGCCUGCGUAGCCGGCGGUUUUAAGGGUUGGGGUCCGAGGCGCGGGCAACGAAAAUCCACAGGAAAAUCCCCAACCCUUAAAACCGCCGGCUGCACAGGCUAGACAGGAAUCAAACCUGCGGCACUGCGAUUCCGGUGCAGCGCUCCAUCCAACUGAGUUACAAAGUCCAGUUGUCGUGAGCGGCAAAAUCAAAAUUUAACAUAACAUAACAUAUUUAGUGUGUUAUGUUAUGUUAUGUUACGUUAUGUUAUGUUAAGAUGCUCUUAAUUAACAUACUUGUUGUGGUUAUGCUCUUAACAUAACAUACUAGCCCGCGUGCAGGCCCAAGGGAAAAUAACAUACAUGCAUGUUCGGCUCAAAAAUGGUUAUUUUUCCCGCGCGUAAUACAAAUAUAUACAAAAUUUGUGAACUUCACAGGACUAUAUUUUCCUCAUUUUACAACAAUUCGCAACCAAACUUUGCAAUUUUACAAAAUGUCGUCUAUAGCUGCAGUCAUUCAUUGUUUCAUCUGUUUUAGGUUCACGACGAAGCGUGUCUUCGCGACAGUUGGAUGUAUUUGGCUCGUCUCAAUCACCCUUCCUUUCGUUUACUUCGAAGUCGGCUACAUCACAUACGCCUUCAUCUUCGCCAAUACUGCAAUCGUGCUCGCGAUCACUAUAACGUGUUUCACGUUUGGCUUAAUGAUACGUGCGUUUCAACAACGUGCGCGGGGCGAUGACGCGGUCACGUACACGAACCAUAACGCCGAGCAGGAAAAGACGCAAGCCCCCGUGGAGCGCAACGCGCAAAGUCAAACUGCUGCGAAAUGGGAACGAAAGGUGACCAAAAUGUUCUUCGUGGUGUUACUGGCUCUUCUGUGUUGUUACGGUCCUUCGACGGUGUUUAUCUAUGCGAUGAGUUUUUGUGAAAGCUGUAGUUGUACCGCCCUGCAUUGGUUUCGAGAUCUUCAGUUUCUGUUUGUCAUUAUGAAUAGCAGCGUGAAUUUCUUCUGCUACGCGCUGAGAUCGCCAAGGUUCAGGAAUGCGUUCGCGCAUAUCUUGAGAAUCAAGAGAAUGGGGAGACCGGAGCAGGUGUCCAACUCUGGGACAAGAGAAACACAUUCUUCCACUGAUCGCAUAGACAGUCGUAUUUAGCGAUUGAACAAAACGAAAACGCUUCAUAAUCAUUGUUGCAUGCACAUAUUUAGGAGAAAUUAUUGAACUAGAAAAUACCUUCAAAUUGAAGGUAUUUCUUAAGAUCUUAAACGGAAAGGAGAACAUAAAGAUUUCAUUGUUCUCAAGUUCUAGUUUUAAUACUGGCAGCGGGAUAUUGUUGGACACGAAUGCACGGGUUGCACGAAUAUUGUUGUGUUAGUCGAGUGGGGUUUUCCCUUUGUAGAAAACCGGCAAAAUAUAGGUUCAUUUUAAGAAUAAUGCACUAAUUGAAAUGAAUAGAUAUCAUGCGCAGUCCCAAUCAGAUGAUUUUGCAUCAGAGGCAAUGAAAAGUGCUUGUCAUGCCGACUUCGCCGUCUUGAAAAAUCCCACAUUUUCUGCAUUCAAUAAACAUACGACAUAUACGUACAAAGCUAUACUUUGGUCCAGAAUGUGCAAAUUAAAUAAAUAUUCAUAACAAGCAUUCCUUAUACUUGAUUUUUAUUUCACAGUAAGAAUUUGUAGCUGUAAUGAUUUCUGUGGAUUUUCAAUAAUUUGUGGGUUAUAAUAUAAAGUGAGUAAUGAG